AUGUUGUCACCUGAGGUGGAGUGGCAAAGCGCUUACGUUGUGAUGGGACUCUGGCUUGGACAAGUUUGGUUCCGGGCAAGGAAGUCUAGAACGGAUAUCCUAUUUGAGUGUUACAUUCCCGUAUGGGGCCGCGUAUACAAUUGUUACGUGCACGUGAAUGGAGAGUGGAAGACCUUCAUCGAGGAACAAUUUGACCCGCCACAUUCAGAAGUCACUGUUGGAAGCAGGUUUGGGCCGACAUCGACACGCCACAUUGUUGCCGUUUGCCUCGGAGCUGUCACUUCUCCUUUAUGGCGUGGAAUGAACUGA